UAUUUAGUUGCAACACCCUUGCUUUAAGCAUGGCGGCGAUCUUAGGUCAAGGAAUGCUUAGCAGGUUAAAAUGUUUAUGUCCACGGUUUUCGAGUCGAUCAAAUGUGUUGUGUAUAAAUGGUAUAAACGUUCAUACCAGUCAUGCCAAAUCCACAGUUCGGGGCCCAGCGAUUGACAAUAGUCCUCUCAGUAACGUGGAAAUUGGUGUGACAUCUGAUGGCAAAACAGUUGUAUGCUAUCAUCCCGCAGUAGAAUUUCCUUAUGAGUUAAGCCAGCCUAUUUCUCGUCCUGAUCCCAUAACCAGCCCACCGGAAACCCAUGACCAGGUUUUGAAACAGAGACUUGGCAAAGAAAGCCCAGCGGAAAAGCAAGCUCCCACUAUUGAAGAACUUAGUAAGAUGUUCUACACAACAAAACACCGCUGGUACCCAGUUGGACAGUACCACAUGAGGCGCAAAAAUAAAAAUCCCCCUAAAGACAGACGAUGAAGUUGUUCCUGGAAUAUGUGUGAAUAUCCAUGAACCCAUAUGGUUUGUGUAAUUGUCUUGUAUUUGUCCAAUAAAAUGUAUAUGUAUUCGAAAGUA